UUUGAAUUUUGGACUCGAUCAAAAGACCCAAUAAAUGACCAAGUGAUGUUAAAGCAAUUAUACAAAAAUGGAUAUCUUAACACUACUCAUGAAAAUCAUGAAAAAGUCAUGGAUCAAUUUUGGAAUGCAUUUCAGGAUGCUUUAGAUGUUAACAUUUGCGGAAUAGACAGAAAGAGGAGAAUAUUGUUAAUUAUUGCAGAUAAAAUUCCCUAUGAUAUUAUCAAAGAAAAGUUACUAGUUA